AUGAACAACAAAAAGAACCCAGAUCAGAAACCAGACAUGUCCUCCUCCUCCUCCUCCCCAAAGAAACAAACCCUCUUCAUCUCCUCCCUAAUCCUCCUCUGGUACACCUCCAACAUCGGCGUCCUCCUCCUCAACAAGUUCCUCCUCUCAAACUACGGUUUCAAAUUCCCAAUCUUCCUCACAAUGUGCCACAUGUCAGCCUGCGCCAUCCUCAGCUACGUCUCCAUCGUUUUCCUCAAGCUCGUCCCUCUCCAGCACCUCAAAUCUCGCUCCCAGUUCAUGAAGGUCGCGACGCUCAGCAUUGUGUUUUGCGCCUCUGUUGUUGGUGGGAAUGUUUCUUUGCGUUAUCUUCCUGUUUCGUUUAAUCAGGCUGUUGGUGCUACGACGCCGUUUUUUACGGCCUUGUUUGCGUAUCUUAUGACGUUUAAGAGAGAGGCUUGGGUUACGUAUGGUGCUCUAGUUCCCGUUGUUACUGGUGUUGUGAUCGCUAGUGGGGGUGAGCCAGGUUUUCACUGGUUUGGGUUCAUUAUGUGCAUUAGUGCAACUGCAGCAAGAGCUUUUAAAUCUGUUCUUCAAGGCAUCUUAUUGUCUUCCGAGGGAGAGAAGUUGAAUUCGAUGAAUUUGAUGCUGUACAUGUCCCCAAUAGCAGUCAUUGCGCUUCUGCCUGUAACAAUAGUUAUGGAACCAGAUGUGAUGAGUGUGACUCUAACGCUCGCAAAACAACAUCAGUACAUGUGGAUACUUCUUUUGGUUAACUCUGUUAUGGCUUAUUCAGCUAACUUGUUGAACUUUCUUGUUACCAAACACACAAGCGCACUUACCCUCCAGGUUCUUGGAAACGCAAAAGGAGCGGUUGCGGUUGUGAUCUCAAUCUUGCUAUUCCGAAACCCGGUCACGGUGAUGGGAAUUGGCGGGUAUAGUAUAACAGUGCUUGGAGUUGUUGCAUAUGGAGAGACUAAACGUAGGUUUAGAUGAGCUCAGAGACUCCUCAUCUCUAUGUUUUUACUUCCUAUCUGAGAUGGCUCUUAGGAACUGAUGAAACUUUGACAUUAAUAGUAAUAUACUACCUUUAGAGAUAUAUAUACUUACUAUCUCAAACUCAUUUUUGUAACUAACUUAUAGACAUAUAAAUCUUUUGUCCUUUUUUCAAUCUGGAGAGGAGAUGUCAUUACCAUUGGUUGUGUUUAAAGACACGCUUUCUCUUGUCACAAUGUGUUUAAUUUCUUGAA